AUGCGGUCCCUCGGGCUACUACCCCGCCAUGAGUGCGGCUUCGUGUACAACGCGGCGGUGCUCCCUGACCCGCCCUCGUUCAAAGGCUCGACCAAGUCGGAGCGGCGGACAUUUAUCCGGCACUACAACAACGCGUGCAUGGAGGUUUUCACCAAGAAGCGUGUGGCGAUGUGGGACAUGGCCAUCCGCGACUACCGUGGCGUCACGGAGGCAGAUGCGCCGCAUGAACGUUUGACGACGGCGAUCCGGUUCGACACAACCAUCCUGGACGCCGACUCGAGCUUUGGCAAGAUGAUCGAAAACUUGAUACGAGAAGAUGCAACGCCUGCGACGGCAGUCGCAGUGCCAUCGGGGCCGCCUAAGUCUGGACGAUCGGAAGGCAGCGGUGUCAGCCGCCUGAGUCAAGUGGCCGCCUCAAGCGACGAGUGCAAUGAUGACGGCAUGCACAAUGCCACCCCAAACAUCCAAGUCCCACCUACUCAAGACGCAGAAGGCGAGCGAAACAGGCGAGAUGGUUUGACCAAGGACCGCGAGAAGAGGCGACUCCUCCUGGUCAAUCACUACAAAGUCUUCAGCCUGGAGAUCGGCCACGGCAAGCCGAUCAAGUGGAGCCGCUGCGGGUAUGCAUCAAGUAUGAAACCCCGAAACGAUGCCGUCCCAGUCAAGUAUGGCCUGCAACGAUACCCCCCGACCCAUACCUCGGCGCCGCGCAUCGUCCUCAAAAAAGACUCUGGCGACUUGCGCAUCGCCAUCGACAGGAGCCUAUGCCAUGGCCUAUGCCGAACAAACCUCGACGCCAGCUUGACUGUAUUGGUGGGCGAUCGGGCGUUCCUCGCCCUCGAUUGGUUCAAGGGCUACUGGCAGCUGGCGCUCCAUGAAGACGCCGAGAUGUUCAACUCCUUCAUGACCCCCUUUGGAUUGGCGGUGGACUUCGUGUUUGCCGUCCUACUGUUGAAGAGACUCCUAGCCUGGCUCGACGACAUGCUAGGUUGCGCCGAGAUCCCAGAAGACCUCCAACGACCUCUUCGACUAAGUCCUCACGAUCUACUCCUCCUUCGGCCUAAAGUUCUACACGAAGAAAUGCGACUUCUUCCUGACCAAGGCCGUCUGUUCGUGUGCGCGACCAACUGGAUGCGGGCCAGCAUCCCCUGCUACACCGAGCUUGUGGGGCCCCAACCCCUCGACGCAGCGAUCAAGCGCCACCAGCCGUUGGCCUUUCUCAGCGCCGCCUUUCCUGGGACAAGCGAGCGUUGGCCAGUCGUGGAGAAGGAAGAGUUUGCCGUUGUGGAAAGCUGCAAGCCGCUGAGCUACAUUCUUACCCGCCCAGCUGACUUCCGCCUUUUGAUUUCGACUGACCCAGCGCUCGUCAGGACCCAACAAGUGGAGACCCGCCAACCGACGUGGUGCGCCACGGGCCAUCGGCGAAUCGAAGCCACGACCAAGGCCGUCCACGAUGUUUUCGCCUGGAGCACCCUCGAAGCCGAUGACAAGACCAUUAAGCCCCAAGAGCUGAUCCACUUCGACUGCCUCUCCAUGUCCACGGUGACGAACCGCUGGCAAAAGGUCCUCGUCGUCAAAGAUGACAUGAGUGGGAUCGUGUGA